AUGGCGAACCAAGCAAUCGUAGGCUACCUUCAGCGUGAGUGGUCGGGUCGUCGGCUAGAUGCUUCGUCUGACAAGCACAAAGCCUUAUCUGCUCCUGACUGACCGACCCACCUGUAUGCGCUCAUAGAGCAAGUGCUCACACUGACACAGGAUGGGCGCAUCAUCAUCGGCACACUGCAAGGCUUUGAUAUUCACGGGUCGAUCAUCCUGAGCGGGAGCGUAGAGAGAAUUUAUAGCAUGGAUGCGGGCGUGGAAGUGGUACCUUUGGGUCUGUACGUGAUGAAGGGAGAUGCCGUGUGAGUAUUUCUGCAAGGCAAGAGCUCCAACAAUGCUUGCAAUCAGCAGAUCAACAUCAUCAAUUGAUGCUUCAGAUCUGACUCUUCGGUGCUCUUCCACCCCGCAGAUCGGUGAUAGCAGAGUUUGACGCUGAAAAGGACAAGGCUAGCGACUUGUCAGAGAUCAGGGCGGAGCCCAUCUUACCCGUACGACAUUACUAA